ACGUGACUCGUCUACCAUUCCGAAGCUGACCGAGGCUCGAUGGCGGCCCGCCGAGCGUCGCCGAGCGUUCCGUGCGCACACGUACGCGCUUCCUCUUCGCGACUCGCGCGCUCUUUGUGUGUGCUGGAACGAACUGUUCGGAACGCGGCGAAGAAGGAGCAGGUGGAAGAGGCGAGGAGACGAGACCGAGCGCGCGCGCGUGGCUUGGCGCGAGGCGAGGCGAGACGAGGCGAGAACAGCCGAAAUGGAGGAGAGCCAAACAUCGGAAAGUGUCGCCGUGCUACCGGACAUGUCCGAACCGUUGACGAGCGAGACCGAGGAGGCGGCCGCGCUGACGAGCGAGCACGAGGCACAUCCCGUCGCGGUCACGGCGAGCGUCACUACGGUGUCGGGCGUGCCGGGCGUUCCUGGGGUCGGCGUGCCGGUCUCUCUUCCCGUCGGCUCCAUCAUCGGCGUAGCGAACUCGACCAAUGGCACGACCUUCAACGUCAUCACCUCGGAUCAGCUGCAGCUGCCAGGUUCGGGGCAGUUCAAGCAGAUGCUAUGCGUCGACAACGGGUUCAUUUGCGAACCGCGUCACGACAAGGACUCGGAUCCUCUGCGUUGGAAUGGUGAGCUGAAGGCGACUCACAUAGUCAUUCAGAACAGCACGGAUGAAACGGAAUCUGAGCAGAUACAUGUGUCGACGCCCAGCUCUCAGCCGAUAUACAGCUGGUCGGAUUCGGCGAAUCUGGCGGUGCUACCUAUCAGAUGUAAGAACACAAAUGCGGAGUUGCACAAGAGUAGAUUCGGUUCCGGCGGUAGAGGACGGUGUAUCAAGCUCGGCUCGGAUUGGUACACGCCUAGCGAGUUCGAGGCUCUCUGCGGCAGAGCGUCCAGCAAAGAUUGGAAACGUAGCAUUCGAUUUGGUGGAAGAAGUCUGCAGACUCUUAUCGACGAACAGAUCUUGAAACCUCACGCUACCUCUUGUACCUGUGCCGCGUGCUGCGAUGACGACAGCGCGACGGGACCAGUUCGCCUCUUCACUCCGUACAAACGUCGAAAAAGACCCAAGGAUUCAUCCGAUGGAGAAACUCCCUCGCGCAAACACAAGAUCGAGACUUCGCGUGACGGCAGCAAUAACGAUGAGAGCGGCGACGAGGUUGUUGUGCCUGACAAAGAGGUCUGGCCGCAGUUCGUUUCUGCUGAUGGACUGGUCGUGCAGCAAUCUCAGGAACAGGACACAGUUGUGCAGAAUGCACAAACGGAAAACGGUCAAGGCGAUGACGUCUUUAAGAAACUGGACGAAAUGUCGAGCAAAAUGAUGAAGUUGGCUUACGAAUUUAGACGUAUCUUGGAAGAAGCGAAGGAGUUGAACAGGCAGCAGAGAAGGGAGCAGGCGUUGGUCGCGCAACUCGGCGGACGGGCGGAUGUAAUCGAGACCGUUGGAUUACAACCGGCGUCUGAUUCGCAUAACAAAAAGUGUGCCAACUGUAAUCGAGAAGCGUUCGCAGAGUGCUCUUUAUGCAGACGCACGCCGUAUUGCUCGACGUUUUGUCAGCGUAAAGACUGGGGAAGCCACCAGAUAGAAUGUGUGAGGGGUGCAGCUGAGACUGUGAUGCUCAUAGUCGAAAGCGGCAACGGUGAGAGCGCUCUCCCGACGACCACGACGGACCAAUAGCUAGUGUUUCUCACGCCAAUUCACCAAAGGAAUGCGGAAAACGAGAAAUCUGAUAGGAAAACAAUGAAAUUCAAGAAAGAGACGUAGAUUCGAAGCGUUCACGUUACACGAGAAUAAUAAAAUGUAUAUAUAUGUACGGUAGAAAAUAUUUUAUGUGUAUAUGUUAUACAUAUACGAUAUGCACGGACGGGCGCGCGCACAGACAUAUACGUACGUACGUUUAUAUGUAUAUAUGUAUGCAUGUAUAUAUAUAUUAAUGAUUAUCAGGCUCUGAGAUAUGCAAUUGACGAAGGGAGACAAGAAGAAUCAACGAGAACCGUUUGAUAUCUGUGCAUAAACAUUUAAAUAUACUAUGCUAAAUUUAUAUUAAUAUCAAAUUUGUAUUAUAUUUAUUGACUAUAACAAUUUAUUUGAAAUUAAAUGCCUUGGUUCAAACGUGGCCCUCUCUAGCAAUCGAAAAUAAAGGAAAAACAAGAUAUUAAUCACUCGCAUAAUUUGAAGCAAGAUAAAAUAUCAUAUAUACGGUUAAGGUACAAUGGACAGUGUGCAUAAGUUUACCAACUAAUAUUACAGGACUUAUGUCCUCAGAGUCUUUGUAAACGCUAGGGUGCUACUGUGAGAUGUGGUACAUAUCUAAUAUCACGCCAUCAUUGUGUAAAACGUCAUCUUGUUUUGUUUAUGCACUAGAUUUUUGUUAUAUUUUGCUUGAAGCGAGUAUUUAUUUCACUAUCAUUGUAUAUCGUGUUAGUGAGUAGCACUGCUUUAAUGAACUGGAUUACAAAGAUAAGGCUUUUGUUAUUAUCGUAAGAAUUCUUAUAUUAUUAUUUCUAGAUUUAUUCGUUUGACACCAUAUAUUGACUCUACAUAUGCAUAUUUUAUCUUUUAAAUAUGCAAUUAAUAACAUUGUUUUUUUUUUUUUUUAUUUAUCUUUUGAUUGCAAAAGUGGUGAACUAUUGAAAAGAAGCUUUUUCGCGAUUUAUAAAGCAGAUAAAUUAUACAAAAUUAUGUUCUUUAAUUAUAUUGUAAUAAAAUUCUAAUUUAAAUAGUCCAUAAUUAUAUGUAAUGCUAAAAAUCGAGAAACUGCGAUAAAUGAUAAUCUUUAACAGUUCUUUGACGAUUAUCAAUAUAUAAAUAUAAAACAUUCUGUUGAGUAAAAUUAUUUAA